AACGGAAAUUUGCAUCAGCAAAUCUUUCUAGAAUUCUGUAGCAGUUUCUUGCUAGCCCACGCUAGGUAGGUUUAUUUGGGUUUGUCUGGGCUCAGCACAACCAGCCGCUGUAUUGAACACAAGUACACGUCUCUGAAAACAUCAGCGGUUUUUUUUUAUUUGCGUUAUAUGCUUUUUUUGAUCGGAAAUUCGGGUUUGCUUCGUUUAGCCCACUAACUUAGCCGAGUCAUAUUCCAAGCUAACGUUGUUUGCGUUGGGUUCUUGCUGGCAUAAUGUCCAGGAUAGAUUACAGCGUGUGGGACCACAUUGAGGUGUCAGACGAUGAAGAUGACACCCACCCUAACAUCGACACACCCAGCCUCUUCAGAUGGAGACACCAGGCACGUGUGGAGCGUAUGGAAGAUUUCCAGAAAAGAGGUGAAGACAUGAACAAGACACUUCGUGAAUGCCGGCGUAGGUUGGCAGAGGCACAGAAGAAAGUACAAGAGCUGAGCAUUUCAACAGUGGAUGAUGCCAAAUCAGAGCUGAGCAAAGCCCAAGCUGAGGAGAAGAAACUGAAAAAAGAGGAACGGGAGUGGGAGAGGAAGAUCGAUGAACACAACCGGGAAGAGAAGAAGAUGCCGUGGAAUGUCGACACACUCAGCAAGGAUGGUUUCAGCAAGAGCGUUGUUAAUAUCAACCCUGAUUCUACUGAAGAGACAGAAGAAGAGAAGGAGAAAAAGCAUAAAACCUUUGUGGAGAAAUAUGAGAAGCAGAUCAAACAUUUUGGCAUGUUGCGACGUUGGGAUGACAGUCAAAAGUACCUCUCUGACAACCCUCAUCUAGUUUGUGAAGAGACUGCCAACUACCUGGUCAUCAUGUGCAUUGACCUUGAAGUUGAGGAGAAACACGCAUUGAUGGGGCAAGUGGCUCAUCAGACCAUCGUCAUGCAGUUCAUUCUAGAGUUGGCAAAAAGCCUCAAGGUGGACCCCCGCGGUUGCUUUCGUCAAUUUUUUGCCAAGAUUAAGACCGCGGAUCAGCAGUACCAAGAAGCUUUCAAUGAUGAACUGGAGUCAUUUAAGGAGCGGGUUCGGGGCAGAGCGAAGAUCCGCAUAGAAAAGGCCAUGAAGGAAUAUGAGGAGGAGGAGCGACAAAAGCGCAUAGGACCUGGAGGACUAGAUCCUGUUGAAGUGUAUGAAUCCCUGCCAGCCGAGAUGCAGAAAUGCUUUGAUGACAAGGACAUUCAAAUGUUACAAGAAGUUAUUAGCAAAAUGGACCCAACGGAGGCGAAGGCUCACAUGAAGAAGUGCAUAGAUUCGGGGCUCUGGGUCCCCAACUCCAAGACAGACGAUGGAGAGGAAAAAGAGGAAGAUGGUACCUAUGAAGAGGUGAAACAGGAUCAGGAAGAAACUAAGAAGGAAUGACCAACAUUAAUUCUAUGAUUUGUUGUUUCUGCAAAUGUACCUACUCACUGUAUUGCAACUCCACUAUGUGUAUGACUAGUUUGCCAAUCAAGGAACAAUGAAAUAACGUUUCUAAAAUAUUUAGCUGAGACUUAAGGGAUUAGCCUUCAACUAACUGCUCAGUUGCAUCAGUAUCUCCUGCUUGGACAAGAAACUGCUGUUUGUGUUUAGGUCUUUCAUUUUGUAUGGACAUCACCAAAGGUGUAUUCCUAAAUUUAUUUGUAUACACCUGUCAGUUUGUGUGGGUGUGCAUAUGUACACGUGCCUGCCGGUUUCAUUUGUGCUGUUGUAUAGUUGAAAAACAAUACAUUUUCAGGUUGUGCAUAUAAUUUUUUUUUUUUUUUUCUUUGUCUUUUCGGAAUUUAAAAUUUUUGUUUGACUUUUUAGGGCGUGAGCAACCAAUGUAUUCCCCAAAGUGACAUUUUCUACAAACUUGCUUAACUAAAGGUUGAAUUAUAUCCAACUACUCAAAA